GAAAUAAAUGUCAUCAUCCACCCCCAACUCUCGCUGACUGGCCGUUUUCUGCACCGCAGUCGAGCAUUACUACAACGCAAAGACCAACAGCGUUCUUAUUUUGCCCUUCACAGGCUUCCGUAGACAUUUCCCCCUAUUCUCCAGUAGUCUGCGGCUCUGUCAUCUGAGGUGAGAAGUACCCGUGGGCAGCUAUAUCAAAGCCAUGGAGCAGAUCAAUAAUAUUAAGGUGGUUCCUUGCACCAGCUCUAACUAUCUGAGACCGUUUAGGGUGCAUUAUAACCAGAAUGGAACAAAGAAGUCCUGGGACUUUAUGCAAACCCAUGAUAGUGUCUCUGUGCUGAUUUUCAACACCACCUCACACUGUUUCAUCCUGGUCAAGCAGUUCCGCCCAGGUGGGUCAGGAGUCGGAGUGACUGGAUCGAAGCAGACCAUGUUCUACGCAGAGGUGUCCGAGGAGAAUCGUGUCGGAGAGGGAGGAGGUAAACCCCAAGAGGGCGAAUUGAUCGAGGUGGUCAAAGUUCCCCUUCACGAAGCCAUGACCUUUGCCUUUGAUGAGAGCAUCCCUAAAACGAUGGGUGUCAUUUUCAGCUUCAUCUGGUUCCACAGCAACAUGUCACCGAAGUACAAGAUCUCCACCAACGUGUAACACAACGGUUCCAAGCCAUCCAGAAAUACAAGUCAUUGCAUACAUUUUUAUAUAUAAUCAAAAUGGUCACUAACUGUUAAUUAUUUUGUUAUUUCUUACACUUUUAUCUGUUUGUUGUGGUUCUAGCUAUUGUCUUAAGCAGCACUUGUGUGCCAUCCGCUGAAGAGGUUCAUUGUGAGUUUGUUUCGUGUAACUGAAUGCUUUGUUUUUAACAUGUCAGGAAUUUCAGCCAGCCAUUUGAAAUCACACCCCGGCCCUUAAAGACUUUGUAAUGGUGAUCUAUUCCACUCUAAUUUGAGAGGGUAAGAUCUGAAAGACUGUGUUGAUAUCAUCAGAGAGAGGAUCAUUCGUGAUUGAAGCUGUACUUUGUGGUCAGAAAGUGAGACCUCUAGCCAUAUUCCCACCAGUUUUGCUGUCAGGCCAUUUAGUAGAAUGACAUUCAUUUUUAAAUGUCAAUAAGCAAGUAAAUAAUCACAAUAAUUAAUGUAAAUGAUGUGACUAACACACAGGCAGCUACACAAAUGAGAGAACUUGAGAGCCACUUCUUAUAAAACAAUCAUUGACAAAGAAAAUCUCAGGUCCAAAGCUGACUUUGGGACAUUCAGGGUUAGUGAUGAUGCUGAAAAAUACUGAGGUGUUUUUUAAUUUAUUUUUUAUUGCCGCUUACCAUUAAGUUGAUAUUCUGAGUAUUUUGCACAGAAUUUAUUCAUGAAAUAUCUACUACAAAAACCUAAAGUGUGAGUACAGUGCUAGUGCUACAGGUUUAACGCUGCUUUGCCAUAAUCAUCAUAACUAUAACAUUGUUCUGAAUUCUUUCAGAACUUAUGGAAUAGAAUAUAUUAGGGGUGCAUGAGCUUGCCUGCUGAAGUAAAAAAAAUAUAUAAUAAUAAUAAUAAUAUUUUCAAAUACCAUAUAUUGUCAGAGGACUGGUACCUCCUAAAGUCACAGCAACAAAGCAUAGUGACUUUCCUGAAAUCCCUUGAAUAUGAUACUUGAAAUAAUUUGUAUUACAGUUGCAGUUUACUGUAUGAAUAUAUAGGGUGAUGACUAUAAAUGCUUGAUUAUAAUCAAUAUACCCUCAAUAUUUUCCAUGAUACCUCGAAGAUUUGAGAGGCUGCUUGUAAUUUCACUUGCAAACAUUUUAUCAAGGUGAGCUGAAGCUUUCUGAAUCAGAUUGUCGCUCUGUUGUAGUUCAGUUCAGAUUCUCUUAUGCACAAAGAAUUCCCUACCUUAAUUCCAAUUGAUUAAUCAGUCAGUUGUUUUUCUUAAAUCUUGUUGGAUUAAUUUGUUUGUGAAGGUUAUUGAAGUGCACAAACAUUUGUUAAUACUAGCUUUGUUUUUGUCAUGACUAUUAUCAGCGUCACUUUAAAUAAAUUGAGUAUUACCAGCUGAUUGGAUCUUAUUGUAAAGAAUUUCCUCUGUCCUAUCACUGUACUCUGUAGUCUAUAUUCUAUUGUGAUUGUUUAUCAGCUUUAUCAAUACAUAUGGUCAGUGUGCUAAAACACAAGUUACCAUGGUCAUAUAAUCAGUGAAAACGAGUGUUGUGGAAAAAGACAAACGGGUUUGGUUUGGUCCACAAUGGGAGUGUUUUUAAACGUCAAGCGCUCCUUUUAAAGUAUGCAAAUGAGACAUUUAAGAAUUAUGCAUUUGAUUUGGAAGCAUUAUUUCAUAUCACAAUGCCUCAGAUAUCAUUUUCUUUAUCUCUUCUUAUAAAAAAAAUCUUUGAACUUGUUUGAGUGUUUUGUACGUUUAUCUCAGGAUAGGGCUUGAUUUCUUUUAAAAAUUUAUAAAUUGUUGAUUUAUUGUCAUGUGCCACUGUUAGUAAUGCUUGAUUUUCAAACUUACUGAUUGUUUUCAUGUAUGGCACCUC